GCGCGGGUUGGGGGGGAGGCCGAGCGGGGGAAGAGUCGAGCCUAGCAGGGAAGGAGCCCCCCCCCGCCCCCUUCUCCUGCCCGGGCCGUCGCGCGCUGGCUUCCCCGGGGCGAAUGGAACGCGGCGCUGGGCGUUGGAAGGCUGACCCGGGAGGCGCGCGCCGCUGGCACAGCGGAGGCGGCGGCACCAACAGCCAGCGUGUUGCGGCAUCACCAGCCUGGGUCUGGAAUUCUCCCCCAUGAGAUGCAUGACGAGAGGGAAGCUCCUCAGUUAAGUUUGCUAAGCGGAGGACCGUUUUUAUUUUACUUCUUUUUCAGAUCCAAGAAUGGACAUUGUAGCCGAUGAUGAUUUCUCCAAUCCACCGCUUCAGGGAUAUUGAGAGGAAACCAGAAUACCUCCAGCCAGACCAGUGCAUUCCACCUCCUACCCGCAGUUCCUCAGGAACAAUGUGGUUUAUUCGAGAUGGCUGUGGUAUUGCCUGUGCGGUCAUCACCUGGUUUCUGGUCUUCUAUGCUGACUUUGUAGUCCUCUUUGUUAUGCUGAUUCCGUCAAGAGACUAUAUUUACAGUGCGAUCAAUGGAGUAGUUUUCCACGCAUUUUUUUUUUUCCUGGCUCUGGCGUCGCAUCUUCGAGCUAUGAUAACAGACCCAGGUGCAGUGCCCAAAGGUAAUGCUACAAAAGAGUUCAUAGAGAGUUUACAGCUGAAGCCAGGGCAGGUGGUUUACAAGUGUCCCAAAUGCUGUAGCAUCAAACCUGAUAGAGCACAUCACUGCAGUGUUUGCAAAAGAUGUAUUCGAAAAAUGGAUCACCACUGUCCUUGGGUUAACAACUGUGUAGGAGAGAAUAACCAGAAGUACUUUGUACUGUUUACAAUGUAUAUAGCACUGAUAUCGCUGCAUGCCCUGAUCAUGGUUGGAUUUCACUUCCUGUAUUGUUUUGAAGAAGAUUGGACAAAGUGCAGUUCUUUCUCUCCGCCGACUACUGUGAUCCUCCUUAUUCUCUUGUGUUUUGAGGCUCUCCUUUUUCUCAUCUUCACAUCUGUAAUGUUUGGAACACAGGUACAUUCCAUCUGUACCGAUGAAACGGGAAUAGAACAAUUGAAAAAAGAAGAGAGAAGAUGGGCUAAAAAAACAAAAUGGAUGAACAUGAAAGCAGUAUUUGGCCAUCCGUUCUCUAUAGUUUGGCUUAGCCCAUUUGCUACUCCAGACCAAGGAAAAGCAGACCCAUAUCAGUAUGUGGUCUAAGAAUUCCUGAACAGCAUUUCCACUAAAACAAAAACCACAUUUACAGCACUACGGUCAUUUUACAUGAAUGUUUCAAAGGAAAAGGCAAAAUCUUUUUUUAUAUUAAAAAAGCCUAUUAAAUGGCUGGACACUGCAGCGAAAAGAAAAACAAACCACCCUGUAUUCUGAAAAUUUUCAGUAAUUCUCUCUCUCUCUGGUGGCUGAAGCUUUUUAAUUUUUUAACUUGUUAACUUCACUGGCCUGUUUUUUUUUCCCUGUCUGCUUUCUGUAUGACAUAACUAAUGUAAAGGGGAAUCUCUUCUCUGAACUCACCUAUAUUGACUGAGUAUACACCGCAGUCGACAUCUGAGACGUUCUAUGACAACAGUCCCAUCAUCCUGCAUAAACAUGGAUUUCUUGGAAGGCAGACGAUGCUUCCAGCAGUGGGUCUUUUUCUUUAUGGUAUUUUCCCCGCUUGCGUUUAAGCAUCAGGUGCUAAGAACUGAAAGAUGGAAGACGGGGCCAUGUGGCAAGGGGGCCAGUUAAUAAUGAUGGUUAAAACCUCGUCUUAUUUUGAAUGCGCCUGGUUACAGCAAAAGGGUUUUAUCUCCCAUGCAUUGUUUGGCACCAUAGCGUUUCCUGUGUAGCAGGAAAUGUUGUCUUCCUGGGUUAAAUGAUGGAGUGUUUUAUAUGUAUGGAUUUAAAUGCCUUACUGUUGGGGAUGCAGGAAGAAAGCUUGAGCCAGGUAAUGUCCACUGGUUUAAACAAAACAAAAGAGAGAGAGGCUAAUGAACAGUGUUCACAUGUAGAAGUGACUUUCAGGCCCAGACUUAAAACCCAAGCACAGAAAGUUUUGGUAGAUGUGUCAGCGUUGUCUCACCCUUCCCCUCCCCAUCCCUAGCGUUCCCAGUCUUUUAUAGCUCUGUAAAUGUUUAUUCUCCUUUAUAUUUAUACAUAUUAUAUAUUUUACAUUGGGGAAAAUGUCAAGUGUUAAAGGUUUGUGCAUGCCUUCUGUCAUGACUGUGUGGAUGGCAAACUUUGUGCGUAGUAUGAACCAGAAAGUUGGAAAUGUAGGGAGGGCAUUCCUUUAAAAACAAAAACGGGUAAGACUGAUGACACCCAAACUGACUGAGCUUUUGUAUUUGGGCUGGGGUUUUGCUACAUAUUUCAGAUCACCAGUGUAUGUGUGUGGGGAGUGGGUGGGGGGAGUAGAAUUACCUACUGAAUGGGAAGCAUCCGAGUAAUUUGCUGGGAAAAGCCCCCAAAACGUAGAACGGCAAAUAAGCUAUGCUCCUGAAUUUAUUCUUUCAGCAGAAUCAAAGCCAUGGGGUGGGAGGGAAGCCAGUGGAGGAGGAUAAUGGAUCUGUCUCAUUUUGAAAGUAAUGUGAAUGCUGCAUCUUUUCAAUUCUGUCAAUGCUUCCAUAUUGGGGGGAAAACCACAAAUGCAAUAAACCUUUUCU